AUGACAGCCUCUAAGGAUCUGUUCACGACUUUGUGGCUACUGGGUACUCUCUUGACAGUUCCUGGUGUAUAUGGUCAACUGGAAUGCGCUAUAGAAGACCCAAGUGGCCUUCAAUGGGACGUAUUUUAUGGUCCGAGAUACAAUCUCGUAUCCCAGUUCUGCAAACAACAGUCGCAGGACGAAGCGAACUCUCUGAGUUGGAAGGUGGAUAUCAAUGGCAACGAACUAUCACCACUUCAAGAUCGCAGCCCACCAGUUACUCCCAGCACCUACAAAGAAUACGGAGUGCAGCUCAGUUGGACGCCGCAAGCAUCCUUUGUCACUGGCUCCUGUUCCAGAAGCUGCGCCAAGACGUACCAAGACACAGCGCAGAGCUACUGCGGCCAUACGGGGGGUGAGGGCAACUCGAUGGCCAAGAACGGGACUUGGGAUAUCGGGUGUGGCCGGUAUUCGUGGUCUAUUACUGAAGUGAACCAUUCUCCGCCGACCACAGCUUCUGAGCCAAGUCAGCCUCAUUGCACCUCCACACCGUCCUGCCAGGUCGCUACAGACAUGUGGUGUAGCAGCGUCUUACACCAAUCUUGA